GACGGAAGAGACAACACGGACCAUCAGCUACAAUGGCGGCGGCAGAAAACAAUGUGGAUCUGAAACGAAAAGCAGAUGAUAACCAAGAUGAAGAGGGAGAGGGAGAACGUGAUGAAUGGGUCGGACCUAUGCCAAGUGAAGCUACAAAAGUUAAGAAAAGGAAAGUUUUGGAAUUUGAGCGGGUUUAUCUCGACAAUCUUCCAUCAGCUGCUAUGUAUGAACGAAGUUACAUGCAUAGAGAUGUGAUCACUCACAUAGUGUGCUCUAAAACAGAGUUCAUUCUCACAGCCAGCCAGGAUGGCCAUGUCAAGUUUUGGAAGAAGAAGGAGGAGGAGGGCAUAGAGUUUGUCAAACACUUUAGAAGUCACCUUGGUGUGAUAGAAAGCAUUUCUGUUAGCGCUGAAGGGGCCCUUUUCUGCUCUGUUGGAGAUGAUCAGGCCAUGAAAGUAUUUGAUGUUGUGAAUUUUGACAUGAUCAAUAUGCUGAAAUUGGGAUAUCACCCAGGCCAGUGUGAGUGGAUCUAUAAUCCAGGGGAUGCCAUCUCCACUGUAGCCUGCUCAGAGAAAUCCACAGGCAAGAUCUUUGUCUAUGAUGGACGGGGCAGCAACGAGCCCCUACAUGUCUUCGACAAGAUGCACUUUUCCCCUCUCUCCCAAAUCCGCCUAAAUCCGAAAUUCAGAGUGAUCGUCUCUGCUGACAAAUCAGGAAUGCUGGAAUAUUGGACUGGUCUCCCAAAUGAAUUCAGGUUCCCCAAACAUGUGGACUGGGAAUACAAAACAGACACAGACUUGUAUGAAUUUGCAAAACACAAAACAUAUCCCACCAGCCUUGCAUUUUCCCCAGAUGGAAAGAAAAUGGCAACCAUUGCCUCUGACAGGAAAGUCAGAAUUUUUCGCUUCUUAACAGGGAAACUGAUGAGAGUGUUUGAUGAAUCACUUACAAUGUUCACAGAGUUGCAGCAGAUGAGACAGCAGCUGCCGGACAUGGAGUUUGGCAGACGGAUGGCUGUGGAGAGAGAACUGGAGAAGGUGGAUGGUAUCCGUUUGACCAACAUCAUCUUUGAUGAGACUGGCCACUUUGUCCUCUAUGGCACCAUGCUGGGCAUCAAGGUCAUCAAUGUCGAAACCAACAGGUGUGUGCGGAUCCUUGGGAAGCUGGAGAACAUCCGUGUGGUCCAGCUGAGUCUGUUUCAGGGAGUAGCAAGUUCCAUGAAGGUAGCACCCACUGUAGAGAUGAAGGCAUCUGACAACCCCGCCUUGCAGAGUGUAGAGGCGGACCCCACCAUAUUCUGCACUGCAUUUAAGAAGAAUCGUUUCUACAUGUUUUCAAAGAGGGAACCAGAGGAUACAAAGAGUGCAGACUCUGACAGAGACAUCUUUAAUGAGAAGCCAUCGAAGGAGGAGGUGAUGGCCGCCACACAGGCUGAAGGCCCUAAGAGAGUGUCCGAUAGCGCCAUUAUCCACACCACCAUGGGAGAUGUCCACAUCAAACUCUUCCCAGUAGAAUGCCCCAAAACUGUGGAGAACUUCUGUGUUCACAGCAGGAAUGGCUACUACAACGGCCACAUAUUCCACAGAGUGAUUAAGGGUUUUAUGAUUCAGACAGGAGACCCGACAGGCACAGGGAUGGGAGGAGAAAGCAUCUGGGGAGGAGAGUUUGAGGACGAGUUUCACGCUACGCUGAGACAUGACCGGCCGUACACACUCAGUAUGGCCAAUGCAGGACCUGGCACCAACGGCUCUCAGUUUUUCAUCACUGUCGUACCCACUCCUUGGCUUGACAACAAGCACACAGUGUUUGGAAGAUGCACAAAAGGCAUGGAGGCUGUCCAGAGGAUCUCCAAUUCCAAAGUGAACCCCAAGACUGACAAACCAUACGAAGACAUCAGCAUUAUCAACAUAACCAUAAAGUAACCAUACGUGUUUAUCAGGCUCUGUACAGUGAUGACUUUUUAAAAAAAAAAAAAUACAAGUUAUUAAUGAAUACAUUGUGUGUCUGUAGUUGUAAGAAUGAGUGUCAUGUCAUGAUUUUUUAAGCGUUCACAAAGAAAAAGCUGCCAAACAGAUAAGGGCAUUAGUUUAUUUUACAGCAUCACAUUAUGAAUAUUUCACAAAAGCUGUUUUUAAUCCACGGGGGACAUGUACUGAUGUGUUUUGUGCUUCUAUGUUUCAAAAACAAAUGGAAAUCUUUCACCAGCU